AUGAGGAUUAAUUCUAGUAAAGAGAAUGAAUUAGAGAAGGAAAAUGUAUCUUUCGAUACGAAGGUACCUACUUCAAGUGAAGAACCAUGGGAAGAAUUGUCAGAUGACCACAAACAAUACUUGACUGAUAAACAUGGUACUUACAAAUUAGACCCAAUACCGUCCAUUAAUGAUGAGGAUCCUUUAAACUGGCCUGUAGGAGUCAAAGCUAUACAGUUAGGGAUGCUUUCAUUUCAUGCAUUUUCGACGACAUUUAUGGCCGCAGGAGUUAUUCCAUCCUUUGCAACCCUACUGGAAGAGUUCGGUACUUCAGUUAGCGCCUGUUCAUACUUCACUUCUACUCAAAUUCUAGUGUUGGGUAUAUUUCCAUUAUUAUGGGUUCCUUUUAUGAAUAAGUAUGGAAGACUCCAGUUAUUAAUAUUAUCAGCUUUAGGGUCAUGUGUUUUUAACAUUGGUUGUAUAUUCUCCGACAAUUACAGAGACCUUAUGAUCUGCCGUAUAUUCGGUGCUUUCUUCGUUUCCCCAGCUAUCGCGGUGGGAGGUGGUGUAGUAUCUGAAUUGACAUUCAGUCAUCAGCUAGGCUGGUGGACUGGUUGGUGGGUUGUUGGAGUUACUUUAGGAACACAUGUAGGUCCAUUUCUUAUGGGUUUUGUUCAGUAUCAAACAGGGGAUACUAAAUAUACCUUUGUUGUAUUUGCAAUAAUGAAUUUCUUGCAAUUCUUUGGGUAUUUGACUUUGGGAAAAGAGACUGUGUACAAUUCUAAGAUAUAUACCAAAUCAAUCAAUUCACUCUUCAAAAUACGACCAAAAACUGAAUGUGAUUUAAACCUUGCAGUAAUAUUAAGUCCAAUCAAAUGCAUAAAUAAGCCAAAAGUCGUCAUCCCUGCCAUUGCAUAUUCUGUAUCAUUUUGUUAUGCAAAUGUUGCAUGUGGAGUAGAGUUAACUAGCUUGUUCCACGAAAAGUUUAACUUUAACCCACAGCAGAUAGGCUUACAAUUCUUAAGUUUAAUUUUGGGAUGUAUAUUAGGAGAGCAAAUUGGUGGAUGGGUGUCUGACCUUUGGAUGAAGUAUUAUUUUCAUUUCAAAAAGUCAGAAAAAACCAUUGAAGAUCGCUUAUGGUUAUCGUAUCUGGGUUUCAUUAUUGCAAUCGUAGGAUUGAUCAUUUAUGGAGUUUUGCUAGGUAAUAUUACUGAUAAUAAGUGGAGAUUUGGACCGCUCGUGGGCUUAUGUCUUGCUUCAUUUGGUUUACAAAUAAUAACUACCAUUUUAGUCACAUACGCAAUCGACUCAAACCCUUCAAAUGCAUCAAAUAUAGCAUUGUUUAUAACUGUGGUACGGCAGGUAUUUGGUUUCGUUGGACCAUUUUAUUUUCCGGUGAUGUUGGAGAAUCCUAAUCUUGGAAUCAAGAGUACAUACGGAAUACUAGCUGGCCUAGUGGCAGCAUUUGGAUUAAUUCCAAUUGCCUUAUUGCAUUCAUCCCGGUAUCUUGGGAAGCAUUAG